AUGAGACUCGGACCGGGGCAGAAGUCGACGCGACUGAAGCGAUGCGUCCCUGGGGUCCGGCUCGACUCGGCCUCGGCCAUAACCUUCCGACGUCUUUUCCACAACUUUUGCCAUGGUAUUUUUGGCUCAGAGUAUGGUAAGAGACCAUUGAACACCUCAGUGAAAAAAACCAUAAGAAGAUUUGAAUUAAAGUGGAAUAGGAAACUUAUCGGGAAGGUCUCAAAGCAAUCAGCCUACCUUAAAGUUUUUUUUGGUGAUCAUAAAAACUUUCGAAAAAAAAAGUUAUUCUUGAAGAAUUCGAUAAAUUUUUUAUGUGAAAAUUCAGGAUUAAUUUAGAAUGGAAGUUCAAGAAAGACGGGUAUGGAAGAUCCUAGGGAGCGGCAUCUUGAGCUCUCGAAAAUUAAAAUUGUAAAACUGAAUUUUCUCUUCAGAUCUCAUCUUUAUGAAAUCGAAAUUCAAAAAUGAAAAAAAUAACUAAAUUUUGAAUAGUCGGAGAAAUUUCUUCGAACACUGUUGGUUGUAUGAUCCCUGGACAAAUUUAGGGUGGUUUGAAAUUACUUCAAUUUCAAGAUUCUCGGUUUAUUUACUCAAGGUAGGGUAUCUAAUCCAGUUACAUUUAUCAGAAAAGCAAUUUUUGUAGAACAGAGUCCAUUUUACGAUUCGACUUUUUCCGAGACAAAACUCUCAUGCAGCCAUUUUCCGUGGAAAAAUCAACUCAAGUGACCCAAAUAAUAAACAUUUUUCUAUGGUGAGAAACCUCAUCAAAUCCGGGGUAUAAAAGUCGGAAAAAGUUGGAGGAAGACAUCAGUCCGCUGAACAUCUCCAACAUGAACUUCUACGCCCUCAUCGGAGCCGUCCUCGUCGCCGCCGUCGCCGUUUCUGCCGAAAAGGUUCUAUUAUGAUUCGAACUUUUCCUAUUUCUUCAUUUUACAGGCUCGUGCCCCUCAAUUCUUCGUCUAA